GCGGAAGAAAGGUCCUAAAGAUUCAUGGUCUGCAGAUUUUCCAAUCGGAGACGAAGACCCAAUCCCUAUAUCCAGGGAAACACGGAGCUCGGUUUCUCUUUUUAGAUCAUAUUCCCUUGGGUCUCCGCCGUGUUCAAUUCUCAAAUCCCAAUUGUCCCGUCAUUUUCCGGGAAGAAUCGGAGUUUCUGUCUGGGCGGGGGGUUUGGAUUUUUCAAAAUUAUCCUCUAUUGAUCUCGUUGUCUUCUUAAUUUUGAUUUGGAUAGAUCGAACACCGGGAUCUCUAUCUCCUUGGCUGCUGCGUCGGAUCGGAAAAUUAGAGGCUGGACAUGGAUAAUAUAAUCAGCAAACUUCGAAACUUGGAUGCUUACCCUAAAAUUAAUGAGGAUUUCUACAGCCGAACGCUCUCCGGUGGCGUUAUUACGCUUGCGUCUUCUGUUGUCAUGCUUUUGCUAUUCAUUUCCGAGCUACGGUUGUAUCUCCAUGCUGUAACAGAAACAAAGCUCGUAGUCGAUACAUCAAGAGGAGAAACCCUACGUAUCAAUUUUGAUGUUACCUUUCCUGCACUUCCUUGUUCUUUAUUAAGUCUUGAUGCAAUGGACAUCAGUGGAGAGCAACACUUAGACGUGAAGCAUGACAUAAUCAAAAAAAGGUUGGACUCUCAUGGAAAUGCUAUUGAAGCUAGACCAGAUGGGAUUGGUGCUCCUAAGCUAGAGAAGCCCUUACAGAAACAUGGUGGCAGGCUUGAGCAUAAUGAGACAUAUUGUGGAUCCUGCUACGGAGCUGAAUCAGCAGAUGAUGAUUGUUGCAAUUCGUGUGAGGAUGUUCGUGAGGCUUAUCGAAAGAAAGGUUGGGCUGUGUCAAACCCAGAUUUGAUUGACCAGUGCAAAAGAGAAGGGUUUCUCCAAAGGAUCAAGGAUGAGGAUGGUGAAGGAUGCAAUAUAUAUGGAUUUUUGGAGGUUAAUAAGGUUGCCGGAAAUUUUCACUUUGCACCUGGGAAAAGCUUUCAACAGUCGAAUGUUCAUGUACAUGAUGUGUUGGCAUUCCAAAAGGACAGCUUCAAUAUAAGUCACAAGAUUAACAGAUUAGCAUUUGGAGAAUAUUUCCCUGGCGUGGUGAAUCCUCUGGAUAGCGUGCAAUGGAUGCAAGAAACACCAAGUGCAACAUACCAAUAUUUUAUCAAGGUUGUACCAACUGUUUACAAGGACGUUAGCGGGAAUACCAUCCAGUCAAACCAGUUCUCUGUCACAGAACAUGUAAGGACUGCAGAAGUUGGACGGCUUCAGUCACUUCCUGCAGUUUUCUUCUUCUAUGACCUUUCUCCCAUCAAGGUCACAUUCACCGAGGAGCACGUGUCAUUCCUCCACUUCUUGACAAAUGUAUGCGCUAUAGUUGGAGGCGUGUUCACGGUCUCAGGAAUAUUAGAUUCAUUCAUAUAUCAUGGUCAGAAGGUGAUCAAGAAGAAGAUGGAGCUUGGUAAGUUCAGCUGAUAAUUGAGCUCGAUCUAUUUGAGGUGUCGAUGCUGCUUAUGAAGCCUGGCAGCAAAUUACAACUGUGAGAUGAUCAAAUCAAGAGAAUGAAAUGGUUUGAUCGCUGUAUUCAAUUAUGGAUGAAGUUUGUUGCCAUGAUUUUAGUGAGUUAGAAAGGAAGGAGCUUAGCUUAGCUCUCCCAGCUCUGUUCCAUAUUUAAAAAAAAAAAAAAAAAAAAAACCACUUGUUUACAGUUUAACGAGCCCUUUUAACUGUUGUCGUAAAUGUGAAUAUCCACAUGAAGAGGUAAAAGACAGGAUUCUCAUCAUCUCUUAGAUUCCCCUCACCCUCCACCGUUGGAUUUCUUUUUGUCAUAGGUUUGACUUUUGACUUUAUGAUUCAUAAAUUUUAAUGGGUACACUCUAUAUUCUCAUAA